AUGGCUUCGACCAGUGCUUUAAGCUCACGGCUUUCCAACUUUCGCCGACUCACUGACUCCGAAGACCAUCUCUCUUUCCGUGACGUACUAAAUUCACGUCCAGCAUGCCCUUCAAUUGUAUCUUGGCCUGGUGUUAAAACUAGGAGGCCUCCCCGGUCGUCCCGUGUGUAUGGCUUAUUUGGAGGGAAAAAGGAUAACAAUGAAAAGGGUGAUGAUGCAGCUUCAAAGGCAGGAAUAUUCGGUAAUAUGCAAAAUCUCUAUGAAACAGUUAAAAAAGCUCAAAAUGUAGUACAAGUUGAAGCAGUGCGUGUGCAGAAAGAGCUUGCUGCGGCAGAGUUUGAUGGUUACUGUGAAGGUGAGAUAAUUAAGGUAACGCUUUCUGGUAACCAGCAACCUGUACGCACUGAGAUAACUGAGGCUGCUAUGGAACUAGGAGCAGAAAAACUCUCUCUUUUGGUCACCGAAGCGUACAAAGAUGCACACCAAAAGAGCGUUGUGGCUAUGAAGGAGAGAAUGAGCAACCUUGCCCAGAGUUUAGGAAUGCCUCCAGGCCUCGGUGAAUUGAAAUAA